GCUCCCCCCGCGCCUCCUGAUUCCAGUGCCCCGCGUCUCCGCGGCGUGUCGCCGUCUGUUUUCCCCUGUCUCCUGCUCUCUGCGCCCGUCUGUUUCCUGAAUCCGUGUCUUUCCGAGCUCUCUUUCCUGCCUCUGCCUCUCGCAGCGUCAGGCUCCCCGUCUCUCAACCCCGGUCUCACUCUGUUCUCCCUGCCUGUGUCUCUGUCUCUCUGGACUGCCUGUCACUCAGGUGUGCUGCUUCUCUCUCACCUCCCUGCUCUAACCCAAAUCUAUCCAUCUCACCUCAUUCCAUCUCUGGCUCUCCUUGCUCCUUUCUGUCUCUGCCUGCUGUCUCUGUUUCUGUCUCGGUGCCCCCCUCUCAUCUCUGCUCUCUCCCUACUUCUGACUCUCUCCCUGUCUCCCUGUCAUCCAUUGUCUCUCCCCGUCCCUCUCUCUUGUCUCCAGUUCUGUUUCUUGGUCCUUGUCACCUUUGGCUUACUCGGUGUCUGCCAGUCCUCGGGCAGUGCCCAUUUCUGCCUCUUUGGGUCUCUGCCUCAUGCUCAUUUUGCCCCUCUGUCCCUGCCAGUCUCGGAGAAGGCCAUCUGUCUUUUCCCUCUGGCCCCCUGCACUUCCCUGAAUCUCUGACCACCGCCUCUUCUGUUGGGGGUCGUGGGGGCGGCAGGGUCCAGCACCCAUAAUUCCCCCCCUCACAGGCAGCCCUUUCCUCGGGACCCCGCCUGGUGCCCCCUCCACCUGGGGGACUGCGCCUGGAAGCUGUCAUGGAGGCCCUGCAGAGGCAGCAGGCAGCCAGACUGGCCCAGGGGGUGGGGCCAUUGGCCCCUCCACGCCCACCGCAGUCACCCCGGCUUCCCAUGCCCGGCCACCGGACCCUGCAGGCCCCUGAGGGGGCUUUUGGUGAGGUUGGAGCUGAAGAAGAGGACACGGCAGAAGAGGAGGAAGAGGAAGAGGAAGCAGGGGCUGUGGAGGAGGCCGCUGAGGAGAGCCGUCCAGGCACCCAGGGCCCUAGUUCACCUUCCCACCAGCCCCCUGGACCUCAUCCCCAUGAGUGGACCUAUGAGGAACAGUUCAAGCAGCUCUACGAGCUUGAUGCAGACCCCAAGAGGAAGGAAUUUCUGGAUGACCUCUUUAGCUUCAUGCAAAAGAGGGGAACGCCAGUCAACCGUGUGCCCAUCAUGGCUAAACAGGUGCUGGACCUGUACGCGCUGUUUCGCUUGGUGACUGCUAAGGGUGGCCUGGUGGAAGUCAUCAACCGCAAGGUGUGGCGUGAGGUCACGCGCGGCCUGAGUCUGCCCACCACCAUCACCUCGGCCGCCUUCACUCUACGAACGCAGUACAUGAAGUACCUGUACCCGUAUGAGUGCGAGACACGGGCGCUCAGCUCCCCAGGGGAGCUCCAGGCCGCGAUCGACAGCAACCGCCGCGAAGGUCGUCGUCAGGCUUACACAGCGGCACCGAUCUUCGGUUUGGCAGGGCCGCCCCCUCGAGGCACUCCGGGCACCGCCUCUGGCCCUGGCCCGGUUCCCUCCACCCCUACGUCCGGCCCCCGCCCCACCCAGGGCUCCGCUUCUGGUCUGCCGGCGCACGCCUGCGCGCAACUGAGCCCGAGUCCCAUCAAGAAAGAGGAGAGUGCAAUUCCAACCCCUCGACUGGCACUGCCCAUGGGCCUGGCCUUGGGACCUGUACGGGAGAAGUUGGCACCAGAGGAGCCCCCAGAGAAGAGGGCUGUGCUGAUGGGGCCCAUGGACCCACCUCGGCCUGGUUUCCUUCCCCGUGGCAAGGUUCCCCUGAGGGAAGAGCGGCUGGAGGGGCCUCUCAGUCUGGCAGGCAGUGGUAUCAGCAGUAUCAACAUGGCCCUAGAGAUCAACGGGGUGGUCUACACUGGUGUCCUUUUUGCCCGUCGCCAGCCUGUACCAGCCUCUCAGGGUCCAACCAACCCUGCACCCCCGCCCCCUACAGGACCCCCUUCCAGUACCUCACCUUGAGGGCUCCCACUUGGAAUUAAGUGUUCCAAACCCAUUGCUGAGGGGGGACGAGACAGCCCCCCCCACAUCUUAAUUCUCCCAGGAUAUCCACUCUAGGACCCAGCCCUGGGAGGUGACCACUGCCCACCAUGCCAUGUGGAUUUAAAACCAAAGAGUUUUCUUUUGAUAUUACAUCUACCUCAUUGUAAAGGGAGGGCACAUCCUCCCUGGCCAACUUUAGCAGCAUCUACCAAAGAGUUCUUCCCCCAUUAAAACCAAUCACCUCAUGCGCCCCCACCCCCUUUGUCAGUGCUCCUCACUGUUACGCUUAUGCUAGGACCCCACCUCUUGAAGUCAGAUCUGCUUCUCUUCAGAGCCAGCUGAAGAGUUGGGUUGGGGUGUUGUGAAGGAGCUGUCCCUCCGAUCACAUCUGGACAAUAAAGCUGCAGUCCCUCCUCUAGUGCCUCUUCUUCUUGUCUGGGGGUUGGGGAGGAGUCGUGUGGUCUAUAAAGACUACCUUCUCAGAGGGGAAGACAGAACAGCAAAAGCCCGUGAGAUGAGAGUAAGAGAACUCAGUCUCAAAAAUCAGACUGAGUUCAAAUCCUGAUUCUGCUGCUACAGUUUUGAGUGGCCUUGGGCAAGGCAUCUAAUCUCUCGAACCUCAGAAAACUUCAAAAGGUGUCUCAUAGGGCCUUUUACUGAUCUAUAGGAGUGGACUAUCCUGGAAUAAAGGGUGUGUGUGUGUGUGUGUGUGUGUGUGUGUGCAUUUUCCGAACCGGGUGUGGGGCCGGGGAGGAAACUUCUCUGGUACCCUGGGAUGAGAAAAAGAAAGGUAGAAGUUGACCAGCAGGAGUUGGAAGUUAGGGAACGGGACUGACAGAUUAGCCGUUGCCUAGGUAACCAGGUAGCUUAUGACAGCUGUCGUGGUCCCGUCCUGCCACUUCCGUUACCAAGACCCUGACUCGGGGCGUCACUUCCUGCGUGGAGGGCCAACUAUGUACUCGGAU